CAGCGGCGGUACCAGCGUGCUGCGUCGGGGAUUUUCACCGGACAGACUGUUCGCACACAAGGAAGAAUGGACUUGGAAAAGCAUAUUUCCAGCUGGCUGCCACACUUGGACAAUGAAGUGAUGCAACUUACUGUACAGAAACUGCUGGACUGUGGUGUUCAGUCGCUUGAGCACCUCAAGUAUGUAGUGGAAGCCGACCUAAUGUUCCUGAAUGUGGUCAGUAGACGCAUCCUGCUCGAAAAGUUCCAGACAGCUGCCUCACCAGCCGUGCAAGUGUCCAUACCAAAAGGAAGUGAAGCUUCUGUGAGCCUGUUGGGCCAGGCUUUUGAUAUUCCAUGGGACGCAUUUCCACCCGAACUCGUAAAAGCAUGUCAAGAGGGCAGGCGUCCACUGAAAAGUGAUCUGAAUGAAAUGGUUAGGACACUAAGUGACAGGGUGCUUGCCUGCCAUCAGAAGCCUGGGCGCAAAGUGCUGCGAGCCAUUGCGAGUGAAAUCGUCAGCAAGUUUCCAAGAACUUUUGAGGACACCCUCAACGGCACCGUCAUUGCUACAGGAUUAGAAACGCUUCUAUGGAAGCUGGAGAAUUGCAUUAUAACAAGAGAAGGCGCAGUUCUGAGUGUUUGA